AUGGAUCCUAGAAAAUUUUUAAAACGUCUCGCAACAGAGCUCGGAUUAAUGAAAAAUAACUCAAACGCACAGAAAAAGGCUGAAAAAGUUUCCGAACCUGCCGAUUUUGAACAUCGUGUUCAUGUGGCUUUGGAUGAGGAUUCGGGGCGAUACGUUGGUUUACCAAUGCAAUGGAAACAAAUAGUCGGAAGGAAAUCAGACAAUUUUGCCGGUUCUGGAGAUUCACAUCCAGUGUCGAGAAGAUCUCUCACGCAGAGAAACACCAAUAUACUGGAUGACAACGCGCUUGGUCACACUUUGUCACAAAGAAACACGGGGAAUUUCGCAAUUUUUGCCGCUUCUUUAGAAACGCCGGGAUCAAGAGCAAGUGUUGCGGAUAACCAAGAUUUAAUAAUAGAGAGACUAAAACGAGAGUUGAGAGAUUACAAAGCAAGAAAUCCGCAUGGAUUCCAAGAAUUGAGGGAGGAUGGACUUCUUUCAGGUGGACGUAUUAAUUAUUCCUUACAAAGUCUCGGUGAUACAACGGUGACUCAGUUUUCGCUUUUAAAGAAAACAAACUCAAAUAAUACAUUUCGAAGAAAUACCAAACGGUUUGACGCCUUAGCCGAAGAGGAUUACGAUUUCCCCGAAAACAAGCGUAAUUCAAGGAGUUAUAAUAAUACGCUGUCAUCAGCUGCAGUAUCUGGGUACAGCCAAGAUGGUUCAUCUUCGACAAAAAGACACGCAAUCGAAUCGGCGAAUUUUCAACGGGUCCUGAAAAGAUCGGAAAGCGAGGUGUGA